UAAGCAACGAGGAAAUGUGUAAUAACCCGCCUAGCAGGAAGUAAGAUGAUUUUGGUGACCUUUGGACUUUUAAUGGACUACAGUAACGUUAUACAACACAAUAAUUUAGCCUAGCUAGCUACCAAAUUACUCCACUAACCGUCAGCCCUCUGUUGAGUUUGUCCUCGCGACCAAUCGGUUGGUAACGACGCUGCAACGUCAUAGAGUUUGCCUGUGUUAGCAUGGGGAGUGUCUGUAACUGAACACGCUGAUAAGACAGCCCUGCCCGAUCAUGUAACUUAUAUCACAAUAUCACAGCACUGCCUGAGGUCUCCACUGGACGUGUUUAGCGUCAGUAAGUCGAACACUGCAACAUACAUACUGGACAUACGGUGUGGAGGAGCUGACAGCCGAGUGAGAACAUGUGGUUGCCCAUGAUUGGAAUGACCGCCCUGCCGCACCUGGGCGGGUUCUAUGGCGGCUACGUGACACGCAAAGAAGUGAAGACCUGGUACCCAACUCUUCAGAAACCAUCGUGGCGUCCACCAAAUGCAGCAUUCCCUGUAGUGUGGACAUGUCUGUACACAGGCAUGGGAUAUGGGUCCUAUCUGGUGUGGAAAGAGCUGGGAGGUUUCACUGAGGAUGCACUGGUUCCACUGGGACUGUAUGGGCUGCAGCUCGCUCUGAACUGGGCCUGGACUCCUAUUUUCUUUGGUGCACACAAGCUGAAAUUGGCGCUCAUCGAGAUCAUAUUUCUCACUGGAACUGUCGGAGCCACCAUGGUGUCUUGGUAUCCCAUCAACCGCACUGCAACACUGUUGAUGGCGCCCUACCUAGCCUGGCUGUGUCUCGCCACCUCCCUCAACUACUGCAUAUGGAGAGACAACAAGGAAGAGAAGAAAGAGUAGGAGGCAGCUCUUCUCUGUGUGCUUUGUUUCAAAAUCAGUUAUCUUUCAAUAAAAUUGCAGCACAGCUUCACUGCUUAGCUUUUGAUUUUAGACGGAAACAAUACAAUUCUGUUUAAGCUGAACUGAAUAAGAAUCACUUUGUCAUGACUUUAUAUAAUAAGUUGUUGGUGUGUUUUUUUUUAUUAUGUAAAAUUGCAAUUGUUUGCUUUUUUUUUAAUAAACUCUCAAUUCUGAUGUGUG